AGCAAUAGCAAUUCAUCGAAUAUGAAGACACAACAGCUGGCACAUGUUUUUGGAACUCCGGUCAGCUCACAUGUGGCAUAUCUGGGUGAGAUGACACCAAAAAGAAUUUUACAUGACCCUGCUAGUGCUAGUGCUAGUGCUAGUGCUAGCCAAUACCAAAUUUCCUCUUCUUCGAUUGGAUCUCUGAAGUUAAAACAGAAUAAAGUAGAUAGAAUGAACAAACUUGGAGGAAAGCAAGACAAUCUUGCAAACGGCAUCCGAGAGCAAGUGAGAUUAGGGCCCAAGAUCACUGAAAUUGUGAAGGGGAAACUGAGUUUGGGGGCUAAAAUUAUUAGAGCAGGCGGUGUGGAUAAGAUUUUCAAGCACCACUUCAGCAGUAGAGAAGGAGAGAAGCUGCUAAAGGCUCCCCAAUGCUAUUUAUCAACAACAGCUGGUCCAAUAGCAGGCCUCCUCUUCAUCUCCACCGACAAGGUUGCCUUCUGCAGUGACAGAUCCAUGAAAUUGUCUUCUCCAACCGGCGAGUUUGUUAGAAUUCGUUACAAGGUCGUGAUCCCAGUAGUAAAAAUAAAGAGAGCCAAUGAAAGCCAAAAUAUGAAGAGACCGUCACAGAAGUACAUACAAAUAGUUACCGUGGACAAUUUUGAUUUCUGGUUCAUGGGAUUCCUGAAUUAUCGUGGAACUUUCAAAUAUCUUCAACAGGCACUCUCUCAGGCUCAAUACUUAUAACUCGAUCAGAAGUGAUUAAACAGAUGUAUUCCGCCUCCGCCCCUCCUGGUUCAUUAGAUGUGUGUAUGAAUUAGGAGAACAAAGUUGUACAAUCACAACAUUGUAAAAAAAUUGUUACUUAGGCUUUUGGUUCAACGGAAAACGAUUUUUAUCCAUCUCUUUAUUUCUUUUUAACACAUUUGGUGUGAGACUGAAACAUGGCUGUUUGUUUCCUACUCUUUUGUUCUAAGCAUUAAAAAGAGGUGGUGUGGUGUCAAGAAGCUAAAAUGCCACAUCAAAAUUUUUAAAUCACUCACACACACACUAGUUCAAAUUCAACAUGUGAAAAAUUGUGAUGCGCUGAUGGGGCAAUGAUGUUGAGAUUAUCUUUCCAACUGACUAUAAAAUUGAGCAUGGAAUUGGA